AUGAGCUGUCAGAUCUCCUACAAGUCUCGAGGAAGAGGAGGAGGAGGUGGAGGAGGAUUCCGGGGCUUCAGCAGCGGCUCGGCUGUGGUCUCCGGUGGAAGCCGGCGAUCAGGAACCAGCUUCUCCUGCUUGAGCCGCCAUGGCGGUGGCGGCGGGGGCUUCGGCAGAGGCGGAUUCGGCGGAGGUGGCUUUAGCAGUCGAAGUCUCGUUAACCUUGGAGGGUCCAGGAGCACCUCCAUUAGCGUGGCUGGAGGAGGUGGAAGCUUUGGCUCCUAUGGAGGAUUUGGUGGCAGAGGAGGUGGCUUUGGAGGCGGCCUCGGCGUUGGAGGAGGCAGUGGCUUUGGAGGAGGCAGUUUUGGUGGCGGCGGCUUUGGUGGAGGCCGCUUUGGAGGUGGUGGUGGCUUUGGAGGUUUUGGGGGUCCUGGUGGCUUUGGGGGUCCUGGUGGCUUCGGACCUGGAGGAUUCCCUGGUGGAGGUAUCCACGAAGUGUCUAUCAACCAGAGCCUCCUGCAGCCUCUCAAUGUGAAAAUUGACCCAGAGAUACAGAACGUGAAGUCUCAGGAGCGGGAGCAGAUCAAAGCUCUCAACAACAAAUUUGCCACCUUCAUCGACAAGGUACGAUUCCUGGAGCAGCAGAACCAGGUGCUGCAGACCAAAUGGGAACUGCUACAACAAAUCGAUGUGGGCACCCGUACCACCAACCUGGAACCCCUCUUCCAGGGGUACAUCAGCCAACUGCAAAGUUAUUUGGACAAGCUUUCUUCAGAAAGAAUGUCACAAGAGUCAGAGCUGACCAACAUGCAGGAUCUUGUUGAGGAUUUUAAGAAGAAGUAUGAGGAUGAAGUCAACAAGCGCACAGCUGCUGAGAACGAGUUUGUGACACUUAAAAAGGAUGUGGACCAUGCCUACAUGAACAAGGUGGAGCUGCAGGCCAAGGUGGACUUGCUGAGACAGGAAGUGGAGUUCACAAAAAUGCUCUUUGAUGCAGAGCUGUCCCAGAUGCAACAGAGUGUCUCCGACACCACCGUCAUCCUGUCCAUGGACAACAACCGCAGCCUGGAUCUGGACAGCAUUAUCACUGAGGUCCGGGCCCAGUACGAGGAGAUUGCCCAGAGGAGCAAGGCCGAGGCCGAGGCGGUGUACCACAGCAAGUAUGAGGAGCUCAGGAUAACUGCUGGAAAGCAUGGAGACAGCCUGAAGGAGGUCAAGAUGGAGAUCAGCGAGCUGAACCGCAUGAUCCAGAGGCUGCAAGGGGAGAUUGCUCAAGUGAAGAAGCAGUGUAAGAGUGUACAAGACUCCAUUGCAGAUGCUGAGCAGCGGGGAGAGAAUGCCCUCAAAGACGCCCAGAGCAAGCUGAGUGAGCUGGAAGAGGCUCUGCAAAAAGCCCGCGAGGACCUGGCCCGGUUGCUGCGUGACUACCAGGACCUGAUGAACACCAAGCUGUCCCUGGAUGUGGAGAUUGCCACCUACCGCAAGCUGCUAGAGGGCGAGGAGUGCAGGAUGUCUGGAGACCUCAGCAGCAACGUGACUGUGUCUGUGACGAGCAGCAGCAUUUCUUCAAGCGUGGCCUCCAGGGCUGGGUUUGGAGGUUCUGGUUCUGGAGGUAGAGGGUCCAGUUCUGGAGGAGGAUUCAGCUCUGGAAGCAGCAGUUACAGCACUGGAGGCAGAGGAUCUGGUUCCAGAAGCGGUGGUGGGAGCUAUGGCUCUGGAGGCGGAUCUCGAGGAGGCUAUAGCUCUGGAGGAGGAUACAGUUCUGGAGGAAAACGCAGCUCUGGAGGCGGCUCCAGAGGAGGGUCCAGCUCUGGAGGAGGCGGUUAUGGCUCUGAGAGGGGUGGUUCUGGCUCAUGUGAAGGUGGCAGUUCCAGCGUGACCUUCUCAUUCAGAUAA